CAUCGUACCUGUCACCUGCCUCUGCUCUCUAUUUCUCUUCUUUCUUCUGUUCGCUAAUUAAAGUUCUCAGCUUUAAACUUCUUCUGAAUCGAAGUUCCCCUUUUCUCUUCACAACACAAAAUUUCUAUCUGUGUGCUUCUUUCUUGGGUUUCCUUUGAUCAUGGGUCGCCCACCCAGUAAUGGUGGCCCAGCCUUUCGCUUCAAUCCGACUGAGCCAACUGGCUCUCCUUCACAACUACCUCAUCUUGGUGCUCUCGAUUAUGCCACUGGGUUGAUUAUUUGUCAUUCGCUAUUGCUAAGCAUGUGUGUGUGGCAUUUGGUUUGUGAAUGGUGGAUGCUUCGUUCGUGUUGGGGGUGAUAAACCAGCCUGGGUACUGAAAAUGCACGCAUGAAGUUAGGGCUCUGACAUUUGACAAUGAAUUAGGGUAGGAGAAAUGGAAGCUAUUCUUCAUGAACAUGAGAAUGCAAUGCCAGCACGCGAAAUUCUCACAGCUCUUGCAGAGAAGUUCAGUGAAUCACUAGAACGUAAAGGCAAGAUUACAGUGCAAAUGAAACAAGUUUGGAAUUGGUUUCAAAAUAAGCGGUAUGCAAUAAGAGCAAAGUCAAGUAAGACUCCUGGAAAGUUAAAUAUUACACCUAUGCCUCGGGAUGAUGCAACCCCGGUGAGGACUAUGCCUCAACAACCAACAGCGGCUCCAAUUCCUACUGCUUCUGUUACAGCAGUUUUGCCAGCAGUAAAAGCAACUCCAGAAAAUCCUGUUAUGGAAUUCGAAGCUAAAUCUGGAAGGGAUGGAGCAUGGUAUGAUGUUGCUACCUUUCUAUCGCAUAGAUAUUUGGAGACCCAUGAUCCGGAAGUGCUGGUACGAUUUGCUGGUUUUGGGCCUGAGGAAGAUGAGUGGAUUAACAUUCGAAAGCAUGUCAGACCACGAUCUUUGCCAUGUGAAUCAUCAGAAUGUGUUGUAGUAAUCCCGGGUGAUCUCAUACUUUGUUUUCAGGAAGGUAAGGAGCAAGCCCUAUACUUUGAUGCCCAUGUGCUUGAUGCUCAAAGACGGAGGCAUGAUGUAAGAGGCUGUCGUUGUAGAUUUUUGGUUCGCUAUGAUCAUGAUCAAUCAGAGGAAAUCGUGCCGCUUAGGAAGAUUUGUCGCCGGCCGGAAACUGAUUACCGAUUACAGCAACUUCAUGCUGUUGUGAAUGAGGUAGCGCCUGUGGAUCAACAGAAGACUGGUAUGGAUCCAUCAGUACCAAAGCAGCUGAUUGCAGCAAGCAUUCAUAUGGAGACUCCUGUUGUGCAAACAAAUGUUCCUCAAACUCCUCAAGGUAUGGAUAUGGAUGUAGAUCAAAAGAAAGCUGAAACAAACAUUGAUGUUCCAUCAGUAAACUCUACCAUCACCCCAGGCAAUGCCCCAUUCACUAGUGUCAUUACUACAAGCACUGUUCCUCAAGUCACUACUCAGACUCAGGACAUGCUUGAAUGAAAAUAGCUGUUUCAUUUUUUCAGACAAAAUGGGACUUACUUUAGUACAUUAUUUUUGUUUUUUAGAACUGUUAACUAUCUGGGUAGUUUUUCUUCAGCAAACAAUGCUUAUGAGUAACUUUCUCUUGCUGUUCUAUUCGAACCAUAGAAAUUUAGAAGAAAACAAGACCAAGUUAUACAUUC